AUGGUUGACAAAUAUAUCUCUACCAGAUGUGUGAGCAAAGAACUACCACCAAAAGAAGACAUUAAUAAUGGAGAAUUAUUCCAAACAUUAAUUUUGGAAAGACACAUAAGACAUGAGUUUGAGGAUUUUGAUUUGAGAAAAAUCCAAGAUGUGAACAAAUUUGAGACUCAGUGGCUUUAUGAAGAAAAAAAUUAUGUAGAAGACACUGCAACCCAUUACAAAAAUCUCGCCUGUAGAGAACAUCAACAACAUCAUAAAUUCUGUAAUCAUUUUCCUGUAAAGCACAGUGUUUCCAUAGGAAGAAAUACCUCUGAAUAUUACAAACAUGAUACGGUGAGUAAGGCACUAAAAAACAAAGUAGGUUAUUUAGGAAGCAAGUAUAGAAACUGUUCGGACAGUACACUUGGAUUAAGCUUUCAUUCACAUCUGACUGAACUGCAGAGAUUUCAGACCCAAGAGGAAAUUCAUGAAAGUAAUCAAGUUGAGAAGCCUACCAAAAAGACUUCAGUUUCACUUCAAAAAAUUCCUUCUAGUGUCAAACCCAACAUUUUUAAUAAAUAUGGGAAGGUUCUUAUGCAUCCUUCAUUACGGACACAACACCAAAAAACACCCAAAAGAGAAAAACCUUACAAAUGUAAUGAGUGUGGGAAGGCUUUUAGCCAUUGCUCAACCUUAGCUAAUCAUCAAAGAAUUCAUUCUGAGCAGAAACCUUACAAAGGUAAUGAGUGUGGCAAAGCCUUUAAGAGGUUCUCAAACCUUACAAGGCAUCAGAGAAUCCAAGCUGGAGAGAAAACAUAUAAAUGUAAUAUAUGUGGUAAAGAUUUUGCCACACAGUCACAUCUCUGGGGUCAUGAGCGAAUUCAUACUGGAGAGAAGCCUUACAAAUGUAACGAGUGUGGCAAAGCCUUUUCUGAUGGUUCAUACCUUGCUCAACAUAAGAAUUUCCAUUCUGGACAGAAACCAUACAAAUGUAAUCAAUGUGGCAAGGAUUUUGCCACGCGUUCACACCUCUGUAUUCAUAAGAGAAUUCAUACUGGAGAGAAACCAUUUAGAUGUAAUGUAUGUGGUAAGGAUUUUAUGAUACCUUCACAGCUUUGGGGUCAUGAGCGAAUUCAUACUGGAGAGAAGCCUUACAAAUGUAGUGAGUGUGGCAAAGCCUUUUCUAGUGGUUCAAAUCUUGCUCAACAUAAGAGAAUCCAUUCUGGAGAGAAACCUUACAAAUGUAAUCAGUGUGGUAAGGAUUUUACCACACGGUCAUACCUUUGGAGUCAUGAGAGAAUUCAUACUGGAGAGAAACCUUACAAAUGUAAUGAAUGUGGCAAGGCCUUUAUCAGGAGUUCAAAUCUUACUCAACAUAAGAGAGUUCAUGAUGGAGAGAAACCCUAUAAAUGUAAUGUAUGUGACAAGGCCUUUAGUCAGAAUGCAAGCCUUACUGUUCACCAAAGAAUUCAUACUGGGGAGAAACCUUAUAAAUGUUAUGAGUGUGGCAAAGCCUUUAAGCACUACUCAUACCUUUGGAAUCAUGAGAGAAUUCAUACCAGAGAGAAACCUUACAAAUGUCAUGAAUGUGACAAAUCCUUUAAGCACUGUUCAAGCCUGAGUAGACACCAGAAUGUACAUAGAAUGAAGAUAUAG